AUCUCGAUUGAGAUCACCGAUUCUCCAAAUUCAGCCUUCAUGUCCCCUCGGAUGAGAUGUCGCAGACAAGUCUGACCACCCCAUCAAAUGUGACUGAAGGUUACCCCGUGACAAAUCUGACUUUGGUGGUACUUCUGCUCAUCCCCUUUGUGGUCAUCCUGCUGCUGCUGAACUGCUUCUUUCUGGGUUACAAGUUAUUGAUCCUGUCAAAGAAGAACAACAGACGGCAGCGAGAGGACGCAGAGGAGAUGCUUUUGCACUCCACGCUGCAAAGAGUCAGAAGAGUAUCCGACGUGGCUUUCCCCUCUCUGCAGGACGCGAGGAGAGCUUACACGUCUCUGUCGGAGCCCGUCCUGCCCCAUCCUGUCACCUCCUCCAGGGCUUCAUCCAGGGAGAGGGCCGGGCUGGAUCACAGGAACCGGCUACUGAGGCCAGAUGGCGGUUCGGGGUCCCGGAGGGCGCCGAGCACCAUCCAGGCCACCUCCUCUGCGACGGGUUUCACCCCCAGACUCGACCUGCCCUCCGGCUCACGGACACACAGCAUCAGCAAAACUGGAUGGUGCAAAAGCGCACCGGUUUUGCUGCAGUCCAGCGAUUCAGAGGCUGAAAUCAGAGUGAACCUGGUGCCGCCAAAUUCUCCAAUGCUCAGGACAGAACAUGUGGGUCGUCUUCAUCGGAGCAGUGCUUACGAGAUCCUGACAGACGUGAACCCGGGUGUAGCAGUGCACGCGUUUGACAAAGUGGACACAGAGUGCGAGUACGCCAACCCACCUUCAGAGGCGUCCUGUCUGAACACGACUGCAGUGGGUCCUGGACUGGACAGCGACUUUGGUGCAAGUGCAGGUGUCUCCCUGCGGAUUCUGUCAGACAGUGACGGUCUGUCUAACGGUGUCCUGGCUUCAGCCCUCGAGUGGGAUUAUUACGACCCCUGCUAUGUCAAACAGAAUAAUGUACCCAAACACAAACACCACCGACCUGCAGUGCACACCAAACAGUACUGGGUGUGAUAUUUUCCAUCUGUCAGUGUGAUUAAUAGUUUUAAUGUUUAUUUAUUUAUUUUUAUUACUUAUUUAUUUCAUUUAAAUAAUGCACUGUUUUAUUUUUUUAUUUUUUGGAAAGAGUCUUUAUUUAGUUUGUCUCACUAAUAAUCACUACUUUAUAAGGACACAUUUUUUUCUACAAAUGCACUCUGCUACUGAAUUUGUUCAAAUUGUGAAAUAUUUAAAAUGCACCUUCACUUAAGUUAUCAUUAAGUAUUUAUCAUGCACCUCUUUCACCUAUGCUAUUGUUAAUAAUACUCACUGUCAUGUUUACAGGGCUGUUCAGCUAAUUCUGGAUUCCACAAACAUUCACAUUAAGAUUAAUAUUCACUGCUGUUGAUUUAAAUAUUUUGAUUCACUUUGAAUAAUAAAGACUCAUUUAUAAUUGA